AUGCCACUACUUUUUACACGCCCAACUUCGCUUGUUCGCAGACGAGGAGAUCCGGAUAAUUUGUCGUUUGGCAAAUUCUACCGGCUCGACGUGCCUCUGUAUGACGGCAUGAACGACGCUGCGGGGCAGACGGAAAGUCUUGAACAGUGGGUGGCACGAAAGACCAAGGAGUUCAACCUGGCGACACGAGAACGACCGGAAUCGGACGACAUCUGGCUGCAGUACGCGGAUUAUCAGGAAGACGCCGUUCGGGCUCUGCACGGUGGUCACACCUUGCAGCCCCCUACAGCUGCUAUUGUGCGGAUGAUCCUCGAAAAGCGAGCCUCCGUCCUGGAGGGAGCGCUACGACAGAAUCCGUUCAGCGUCAGGCUACGGAUACCACAGCUACAUUUGGCGGCACAGAUGCAGGAGCACGUUGUUGUAGACUCACUCUGGAGGGCAGCCAUCGAAAAGAGCAGCCAAUCUUGCACAUUAUGGCUUCGUUACCUGCAGUUCAAGGCAUCCCACUUCGCUUCCUUUUCGGUUACCAGCCAGCGCUCUUUCUACGCCCGCUGCGUUCGAGCUCUAGAAUCGAAGCGAGAAGAGGCAAUGAGGGCUCAUGAACAGGACCGGAGAGCCAAGGGAGUGUUUAUCAUGGCGAAUAAGUCGAUGCUAGAGGGGGAGAGUAAGGAGACGGCUGCCGCAGAGAGAAACUUGUUGGAUGCGCUCUGGAACUACUGCGUCUUUGAAAGAGCCAGCGGGUGCGUAUUAUCGUACUUGUAUUGCCCUUCGAGAACGUCUAUCACCGUUAGAUCGUCCCCCUACCCCUAG